AUGAAAAAGAAAAGGCAGGCGUAUGAUAAUAAGGGCAACGUGAAAUGGCAGACCUGGAAUGGUACCGUCCCUGAUGAAGCAGUGUAUAUUUGGAACUCAUAUGACACACGUAUGGACUAUGUCUGCAAAUAUGGAUGCCAUGCUGGCGUCUACAACUGGCGUUUUGGAAAUUUCUGCCACUAUUCGUUAGACAAAAAAGAGUAUCGUACAAACUCAUUUGAUAUCCUUGUGAAUGACAAAUACUUUGAGAUUCUGGAGUGGAAGGAAGGUUCCUAUGGUUCAGUGCCCGCAAAUGCAGUUAGAACAUGUUCUAGUGAUGAGGUUUAUGUUGGAAAAAACAAGUAUGGUCUAGGUAAAGUGCGUCCCAGUGACUGGGCAUUUUAUCUUCCUUGGGGAGGUGAAGAAUAUUGGUAUUGGUACUAUGAGGUGCUGACCAUCAAAAGGGACAUUAACCAUGAAUUAAUCCAUUUUGUCGAGUAUAAAAUUAAUGAUGCUAAAAUGAUCCGGAAUCCUCCAUCGACCUUGGCCGUCUAUCCCAUUUCUAACAAUGGAUGCAAUCCAGUGACAACGACAGUUACUCUUUCAAAGACAGUUGUAGAUGAUAAAUGGUGGGAUGUUGGCUUUCUUCCCUUUUCUGAUGCCCCUAAGACCUUACAGACAGCAAUCCCUAACAUGGUAUCUGGAACAAUUGUGCUUAGCAAUAUUACCACAAUAUUGAGCUUUUCAGAAGUGCCGACUGAUACAAGAGAGUUCAGUCACUCUGCUAAAGUAAAAGUCUCCAUCCCACCAAACAGCUACUGCACAGUCAAAAUGCUGGCUUACAAGUACAAUGUAAACAUCCCUUUUACUGCUUAUGUUGCACGAUUCUUCGAAAAGGGGUAUCAAGGUUCGCCUAUCUCAGGGGCAUUUAAGGGCAUCCUGGUUGGAGAGGUCAGUGCUGUGGUAGAAAGGUGUGAUCACCUGAGUUCUGCACAGCCUUGCCCAUAA